AAUAAACAAGGAAGAUAAACCAGUCCAUCAGGUGUAUCACAGAAAAAGAGCCAUCCAGGAAAAAGACUUGAUCAAUAGUGGAGAUUUUUAGUGGCAAGUUGACAAAAGACUUUGUUUGUUUAAUAACGCUUAGAAUCGUACAGAUAUGGCCUUACACAAGACAAUGUUUUACAUAACUGUCCUCUUCAUAUUAUGCGCUUGUCAGGGAAAACAUGAUUGCUUGCAAACUCCAACUGAAAGAAAGCAAUCACCCCUGGAUACAUCGGAGGUUCUUUCUAGAGAAAAGAGAGAUGAGAGAGCAGCCAUCUUUGAAGAAAUUGCUACAAUUAAGAUAGAAAUAAUUGAUAUUCCAGAUGACAUAAUAGAGCUAAUAAAGGAAACAUUGAGUACACUGACCUACCCCUACUCUUUCCUCAAUGUGGUUAAUGUAACAGCUGCAAACAUUUCUACUGUAUGCUACCCAAACAGCACAUGCGUAUGUGGGGAGCAGUAUGGUUGGCCAUGCGACAAGUGUCUCUCUUAUGGGUCCUGUGACAAGAUCUCUAAGAACAUGUGUGGAUGUAUCAAUUCAAUUCCUAGUGAUGGACAGUUCUGUCAGACAAUCACAAAUAUCACAGCAUGUCCAUCUCCCACACCAGUUUCAGAAACAAUACUGUACUUAAAUUUUACUAUGGACCUCACCUUUGACCCUGCCUUCAAUGACGUAAAUAAGGAAAUGUUCAAAGAAAUUAAUCAGACUAUCAGAGACGUAUAUCAGAGAGACAUGAAAGGGUUCAUAUCAUCAACGUUAAAUGGCUUUUUGAAGGGAAGUGUUAUUGCAUAUUAUACUGUCAAGACAACCAUUGUCAGCAAUUUGGAUAUUGCAAAUGCAAAAGCCGAUAUUGUCAAACAACUGGGACAGAAAUAUAAAAUAAGUUUUACCUGCUUAAAUGAUCCAGUAUUUGGCAAUGGACAAGUUAAUGAUAUAGUUGCAGCUGACUGCAAAUCAAAUGAAGUGGGUGAAAAGAUUGCUAUCUGUCUAGAAAAUGGAACGUUUUCAAUUUUGGAGGAUACCUGUGUCUUACAAAACAUUCAAACACUAUUUAAGGAAUCUCAGACUUUAAAUGGGACAGAUCUUCCAUCUUUUUUGGAAAGACUCAGCAAUAAUACUCGUAACCUCACAGAGGGAAUAGUUCAAUCUCCGCCAAGUAUUUCAGCUAUUGUUGAUAUUCUGGCAAAUGUUGCAAAUGUGUCCCAAAGUACCACUAUAAACAGAUUUUUGAUGAAGAAUUUUCUGGAAACGACAGACGUUCUAACUUCAAAUGGGGCAAGAAACUCCUGGAAUGUUUUAAAUGCCAAUUUUUCAAAAAAAUCGAAUGCAAAAUUGCUGGGAAGCAUUGAAAACAUUUCAAAUUUCCUGACCAAUGACUCCUUUGAAAUAGAAACACAGCUCAUUAUUUUAAACAAAACCACAUUCAACAGUUUUCUAAAUAAUGGAUUUAAUUUGAACUCAUCGGUUCAGAUAGACAUAUCGACAUUGAAUUCUUCCUUCAAUUCAAUCACCACCAUUGCAUUUGCCUCCAUGAAUAAUGUUUUACCCAUCAGAAAAAGCAGUCUGGACGACAACAUCAGCUCUAUCAAUGGAGAAGUAGUGCUGGUCAAAUCAAAUACCACAAUCAAUAACGUGACUUUCCGUUUUGAUGUACUGAACAAGACCCUCGGUAAUCCUCAGUGUGUCUUUUGGAACUUCACCCAUUUUGACGGCCUUGGAGGAUGGGAUGAUACAGGAUGUCAACUGCAGUCUAAUGGGAAUGGCAUGGUCACCUGUAACUGUAACCAUAUUACCUCCUUCUCCAUUUUGAUGUCACCAGACGCUCCAGAUAAUCCAGUUCUCUCUUACAUUACAUUCAUUGGCGUAGGCAUAUCGAUGGGUAGUUUAGUCUUAUGUCUAAUCAUUGAGGCUAUAGUCUGGAAUGCAGUGACCAGAAACAACACCUCCUACAUUCGUCACGUUGCCAUUGUGAACAUUGCUGUGUCUCUCCUGAUUGCUGACAUGUGGUUCAUUAUUGGUGCCUCUAUUUCAGAACGAGACCCACUACCUGCCAGUCCAUGUAAUGCAGCUACAUUUUUCAUCCACUUUUUCUACCUUGCUCUUUUCUUCUGGAUGUUGAUCACAGGACUUCUGCUGCUCUACCGGACAUUCAUGUUUUUUUCACAAAUGUCAAAAUCAAGCAUGCUGGCUAUAGGUUACACAGUGGGCUACGUAGCACCGUUUAUCAUUGCUGUUAUUACUGUGGCCGCUACAGCGCCAGGAAGUGCCUACAUUAGGGAAGGUGGUCCAUGCUGGCUCAACUGGUACCAGUCCAAGGCCCUACUUGGCUUUGUAAUCCCAGCCCUGAUCAUAGUGGCCAUCAACUUUGUGAUCCUGAUUGUGGUUCUGUACAAAAUGCUGAGGAGAGGUGUGGGAGACAUCAUUCAUCCGGAUGAAAUAAAUACUUUGGUUAUCAUCACCUACUGCCUUGCUAUUCUGACUCCCAUCUUUGGCCUUACUUGGGGACUGGGAGUGGGAAUCAUGGUUGAUCCAACAAAUAAGGGAAUCCAUAUUGUGUUUGCCCUCUUCAACUCAUUGCAGGGUUUCUUGAUUUUGGUGUUUGGAACACUUUUAGACAAAAAGGUUCAAGAAGCCCUUAAAAUAACAUUCCCUUUAAUGAAUGUGUCAUCCAACCAAACAAUGAGCCCAAGUAGUGAUGCAUCAUCAACCAUUGGACUAGAAACAUUUAAGACAUGAGGAAGAAGAAAUUCAGAUGUUUUCAAUUUUUCUGUGCAAUCAGAUUUUCCCAUUAGAGUAAGUUCUAAAGAAUAGGAUUUUUUUAAUAACAAAUAAAAAAUGUCUCUGCAACAGGUAGAUGUAGCUUUAUCCCCAGCAAGAAUUUGUUUUUCCAUGUGCCAUGCUGAACUCUGAGGUUACGUAAUAUACAGUUAUGUUCUGAAAUAAUUGGACACUGACACAAGUUUUGUUAUUUGGUCCAUUUACCAAAAUAUAUUCAAGUUACAGCUGAAUAUGAAAUGAAUGUGCUUAAAGUGCAGUCUCUCACCUUUAAUUUGGGGGUAUUCACAUCCAAAUUGGAGUAAGAGUUUUGGAAUUACAGCUCUUUAUGUAGCCCCCUCUGUUUCAAUGGAUCAAAAGUAAUUGGAUGAUUGACUCAAAAGCUAUUUUGUGGACAGCUGUGUGCUGUUCCUUCAUUUUUUCAUCAAUUAAGCAGUUAAAAGGCCUGAAAUUGAUUCCAGGUGUGGCAUUUGCAUUUGGGAGCAGUUUCUAUGAACCCAGAACAUGCAGUCAAAGGAGCUCUCAACAAAAAACAAAAAAACUCACUGGUGCCCUUUGAAACAC